CCCCCAACCAUGCCCGCGGGCGUCUCCUGGGCCACGUAUCUGAAAAGGUUCGCUGCCAGCCUCCUGACCAUGUGCGCCGGGGCCGAAGCGGGGCACAGGUACUACCGGCCGGACCUGACAAUACCUGAAAUUCCACCAAAGCCUGGAGAACUCAAAACGGAGCUUUUGGGACUGAAAGAGAGACAACAUGAACCUCAAAUUUCUCAACAAUAGAAACCUCAAAAUACUUAACUCUGCCAAGAACUCCGUGAAUAAUAUUAUAAGUAUUAAAUAUAUAUUUUUAAAGUUAAAAAAAA